UCCUCUUCGUCGUAUCAAAUAUUAUCAAUUACCAUGUCAAAAACGUUCACCACUUUUAUCUUGUUUCUAUGAUGAUAAUCAUUUUUGUUUCUGUAAUGAUUAUGAUCAUCAAUGUUUGACUGAUUGUUUUGAAUUCAAUCAUAGAACUGAACAUAAUUGUUUUGGUCAAAGUAAUUGUGAAAAUGGUGCACAUUGUUUACAAGACAAAACAACUUGUCCACAAACAUCAAUAUGUGUUUGUCCAAAAUGUUUUUAUGGAGCAAGAUGUCAAUUUACUUCAAAUUUAUUUGAUCUUUCACUCGAUGCUAUCUUAGGUUAUUAUAUUCAACCACAUAUAAAUAUUAAACAUCAACCAUCUAUUGUACAACUGUCACAACGUUCUGAUUUAAGUUCUAGAGAACAUUUAUGGACUAUACUCGAUCGACGUAUUCGACAACAUAUUCCACCACCAAAAAGUAAACCCGAAUUAAAAGAACUUUUGAUUGAAGAGUGGAAUCAGAUUGGAAGCGAUAUAACUGAAAAAUUAAUUGAUUUAGUUGAAAAUCGUUUACAAGAAUGUCUAAAUCAAGGACGAUUUUCAACUCGAUAUUAA